AUUAUUUUUAUGACUUAUUUUUGCGGUCGGAUCUAAUUUUAUUAAUUUUCAGAUAAUGAGUGGUUCGGGUAAAGGACUUCUGGGACUUUGGCUGUACAGAAACGGAUCAGAAUGGGAAGUUAAGAACGAAGCUCAUCACCAUCCAAAACUUCGAGAGCUCCAAAUGGCUGCCCAGCAGCAAGCCCAGGCUUCCGAGAGCGAGAGGAUUUCAGUGAUAUUUACCCUAAGGAACCAAGUCGGCGGACUGGUUCGAGCCCUCACCGUUUUCCAAGACCUCGGGAUUAACGUGCUUCACAUUGAAUCUCGGAAAUCAGUAACUGAACUUUCUUCAUCCGAUAUCCUGGUGGACGUGGAAUGUGAUCCUCAACGCAUGGAACAGUUGAAGAGGAUGUUGAAGCGAGAGGUCCAGGACUUCGAGGUGGUAUCCUCAACAACUGGCGAGGAAUUCCCACCACCGACCCCAUUGUCCGCUGCUGCCAGUUUCGAUUUCGGGGAAAUGCCGUGGUUCCCAAGGAAGAUUUCCGACCUGGAUCGAGCCCAGAACGUGCUCAUGUACGGGUCGGAGCUGGAUGCCGAUCACCCUGGCUUCAAGGAUCCUGUGUACCGAAAACGAAGGGAACAAUUUGCUGCCAUUGCGAAUAAUUACAAGUAUGGCCUGCCAAUUCCAAAAGUUCAAUACACUGACGUGGAAAUUAAGACCUGGGGCAUCGUGUUUCGUGAACUCCACAAACUCUAUCUGAAGCAUGCAUGCGAGGAGUAUCUCGAGAACUGGCCGCAACUCGUCAAGUACUGCGGCUACAGGGAAGAUAAUUUGCCACAGUUGGAGGAUGUGAGCAUUUUCCUCAAGCGCAAAACUGGAUUCCAACUGCGCCCCGUCGCAGGCUACCUGUCUCCAAGGGAUUUUUUGUCUGGUUUAGCCUUCAGAGUGUUUCACUGCACUCAAUACAUACGUCACUCGUCGGAUCCUUUCUACACUCCCGAACCUGACUGCUGUCAUGAGCUGUUAGGGCACAUGCCGUUGCUUGCCAACCCGAGCUUUGCCCAAUUUUCGCAAGAGCUCGGUCUCGCAUCCCUUGGCGCUUCCGACGAGGAUAUUGACAAAUUGGCAACGCUUUACUUUUUCACCGUUGAGUUCGGAUUGUGUCGGCAAACGGACGGAAGUUUCCGAGUAUAUGGCGCCGGUUUAUUGUCCUCCGUUGCUGAAUUGCAACACGCUCUGACAACGCCGGAGAAGAUCAAGCGCUUUGAUCCGGAUGUUACCGUCAACGAAGAAUGCAUCAUCACCUCCUAUCAAAAUGCUUAUUACUAUACAGAUUCGUUCGAAGAAGCCAAAGAAAAGAUGAGGGCUUUUGCGGAGAGCAUACAGCGUCCGUUUGGCGUUCGCUACAACCCCUACACCCAGAGUGUCGAAGUUCUCAGCAAUGCUCAGAAGAUAACUGCUCUGGUUCGCGAGCUCAGAGGAGAUAUCUGCAUUGUAUCGUCUGCCAUCAAGAAGAUUUCUGCUCAAGAUUCUACUUUGGACGUGGAGACUAUUGCGAACAUGCUUCACACUGGGUUGCAGGUUCAAGAGAGGAGUCCGCAGAGCACUUCCGGCGGCAGCACGCCGAACUCCGAGCGCGGCGCUUCCCCCCGCCCAGACACGAAGUAACUACCAACUAGAUAAACACACCAUAAUUCAAAUUAAUUGCUAAAGCUUCUUAAAAAUGUCCUUACCAGUUGGAUCUGCUUAGUUCAUGAUAAACUAUUUAGAUAUAUGACUAUAUUAUAUCGUAGUCGUUAGCUUGUAGGCGAGCUCAUCAUUUUCUCUCUAUUGACAUUUGUAGACAUGUGAUGUUGUGUAAAAAUGUUUAAUGUUACAUCAAAGUAUAUA